CAAUCAUGUCGUUCAAUCGGGAGGGAACGGCGUUUGCCACCACCUCUACCGACUCCCGGAUCCGGGUGUGGGACACCCGGUCCGGCGAGCUGCUGCACGUUCUCACCGACGCAGACCAUCUUUCCACCAACUACACAUGCUUGACCUGGCUCGAUGUUCCGGCUAGCUUUGGCCUUGGUCCCAAGAAGACGAGCAAGCGGAAGCGUGGAGGAAGCAAGUCAAAGGAGAGUGAGGGAGAGGGCGGUGAGGAGACGCGGGCGGUGCUUGCGGUCGGAACGCGCAAGGGCACGCUGCUGGUGUGGGACGUGGCGACGGAGAAGAUCAUCUCGCGGGCUGGGAGCCGUGGCGGGCACUCUGCGGCGCUGCGUGCGCUGGUGGCCCGACCGGACGGCCUGUUCUCGGCCGGAUCUGACGGGCAGGUGCUGUUCUGGUCGUGGAAGACGCUGACGUCCGAUGCGACGCCGGUUAUUGUGGCUGAUGGCACCAUCCUCGGCGCCUUCUCGGCCGCCACCUUCCACACCAUCUCUGCUCUGGCGGCGUCGGAGAGCGGCUCGCGACUUGCGGUUGCUGCCAACUCGAUCUGCGUCCUCGACGUGUCUGAUCUGGACAACGUGACGUGUGUGGCCACGCUGACGGGCCACGCUUCGCUCGUCUCGUCGCUCGCCUUUUCGGCCGACGGCGCCAUCCUUAUCUCGGCCGCCCUCCAUGACCGGUUCAUCAACGUGUACGACCUGUCGUCGACGUCGCGCGACACGGUGUUCUCGCCGGACGCCGCGCGCAUCCUCGUCACCGAGUCGCAGCCGCUCGGCCUCGUCACCUACGCCACCGAUGCGCCGAGCUCGGGUAAGUCGUCCAAGAAGAGCCGCAAGUCGGCGUCCGAGCCCGGAGCGGUCCACGUUGCCGCCUUUACCGCGUCGGGCGAGGCUGCCAUCUGGAGCGACGUCAUGGCCACCGUCGACGCUGGCGGCAAGAAGAAGAAGUCGCGCAAGGCUGCAGCGCGCGGCAUCAAGCCGCGGGCGCCGGCCUGCCUUGUGGCCGAGGAGCCGACCGACGACAACGGGUUUGUCGGGCGCGGCAUUCGCGCGCUCCGGCCCACUACCGCGCACGCCUUCCUUGCCAUGCACGGGCCGACCAAGAACCCGUCGUUCACGGCGAUCAAGGCCGCGGGCACCGACGGCAGCGUGCUCGAGUCGGUCACCAUUGCUGCGCCUGCGGCGGCGAGCCAGCACCCGUUCGGCGGUCCGGGCACGUCGGCAGGCGCCAGCGCCGUGGGCGUGCCGUCCAAGGCCAAGGGCACCAAUGCCAAGGUGCUGUCGGCUGCUGACGCCAUGGCGCCGCGGGCGGGCGAGGCGCCGAUGGCCAUGUCCUUGGCCGCCGGUGGCUUUGACUCGCUCUCGGACGGCGAGGACGACGGCGAGGAGAACAAGAACCUCGGCGGCCUCUCAUUUGCAGAGCGGCUCAAGGCCAUCAACGGCUCGUCGGGCGGGCGCCAGAAGAACGGCCGCCGAUCCCGCGCGUCGGGCGAUGGCUCGGCAUCGCCGGCCUCGGACGAUGGUACCGUCGGCGUCCCGCGCGGCGAGUCACUCAAGCGCAUGCUGGUCCAGGCCCUGCACUCGGGCGACAACCAGCUGCUUGAGUACUGCCUCGGCAUGUCCACCCAUGGCACCAUCAUGGCCACCGUCCGCCAGUUGCCGACUGCCCGCAUUGUCGCCCUCCUCAAGAUUCUCACCGACAAGCUGCGCUCGCGCCCGGCCCGCGGUACCCGCCUCGUUCCCUGGAUCCGAGCCAUUCUUGUCACCCACACUGCCUUCCUCCUCUCGGUUCCCGGCCUCUCCGCCAUGCUCACCCCGCUCUACCAGACCUUUGAGGAGCGCCUGGCCGUCUACGACAAGCUGAUGAAGCUUAACGGCCGCCUUGACCUCGUCCUCUCGCAGGUCUCCGCCGACGACGCUGCACCCGGCCGCACCUCGGUCCGUGCCCGCCCACGCACCCUUUACAUCGAGGGCAAUGACGACACCGACCUCCUCGGCUCCGACUCGGACUCGUCCGACUCGUCCGACCCAUCCGACUCGGACUCGGAUCUCUCCGACUCGGACUCGGGCUCGGCUUCGAUGUCCGAGUAAGUACAUUUUCAGUGCUGCC